AGGGCGAGCGUCCGGUCGCAGCGGCGUGGUCCGCGGCUUCCCGGCCAACAGCUUCUUCGCUGGCCCCGCCGCCGCCGCGCUCGCUCCUGCCUCUGGGCCGUGGGAAGAUGGUGGGCCGGAACAGCGCCAUCGCCGCCCGCGUCUGCGGGGCUCUCUUCAUCGGGUACUGCAUCUACUUCGACCGCAAGAGGCAGAGUGACCCCAACUUCAAGAACAGGCUUGGAGAACGAAGAAACAAACAAAAGCUUGCCAAGGAGAGAGCCGGACUUUGCAAGUUACCUGACCUUAAAGAUGCUGAAGCUGUUCAGAAAUUCUUCCUUGAAGAAAUACAACUUGGGGAAGAGUUGCUAGCCCAAGGGGAAUAGGAGAAAGGUGGAGACCAUCUGACAAAUGCAAUUGCUGUGUGUGGACAGCCACAGCAGUUGCUGCAAGUGUUACAGCAGACUCUCCCACCACCAGUGUUCCAGAUGCUUCUGACCAAGCUUCCAACAAUUAGUCAGAGAAUUGUAAGUGCUCAGAGCUUGGCUGAAGAUGAUGUGGAAUGAGAACAUGUCAACAUAAUCUCAAUUAAAAAUGUUUUUAAAAUCUUAAGUUGGAAGAUGAGCAGCUCUGGGGGAAAAAGGGCAAAUAGGCUUGUUACGGACUGUCCUACACUGAAAUCAACCAAAGUUAAUUUUUACUUUGUGUAGAUCCAUUCAUCUGUUUUAUUUAUUUUUCCCAGUGAAAAGUGUAUUUUGAUAGAAAGCUUUUCAUUAUAUAAAUACACUGAGUUACCAAAAUAUCAUGGAUUUUAUUCCUAAAACGUGCAAUUAAAGUGUACAUAUAACAUCACAUUACUUAGGUUAAAAAUACUCAGUGCUUAGUUUUGAAAGAUAGGCCGAAAAAGUAUAGGAGAAAGCUGAAGAAUGCACGUUUUUUUUAAGCUUGUACAUUUGCUCUACAUUAAAGAAUUGGAUGAAGUCUAUCAAAACUGAGCAUUAAAAUCUUUGAGAGAUUAUUUUUUUCCUUUUAAUCUCUAAAUAUGA